GUUGUAUCUAUAGGGUGUAUCUUUCACAGAGGAAAAAAAACGCUACGUUUGCUAUGUGUGUCAAUGAUGCUUUCGAAACUGCAUUUGAUAUAUUAUAAGAGCCAAAACAAAUAACGAUUUAAUAUGAAUAAUGCAGCGUUAGGUGUUAGGUCACACCUUUUGGACACACGUGUGUUAUGGGGGGUCCGUGCAGUAAAGCCCACAUGUUUGUCGCUUAGUAGCGAAGCCGGUUGACGAGAACGUUUUGUCAAUCGACUGUAUGGCAUUUGAUAUGCGUUGUCGGUCCGAUUAAUUACUCAAAAAUAUCAAUUUUAUGUUUAAAAAUCAAUUAAAACACCGAAACAGACGUGCUUUCUUACCAGAUUAGUCAAUACAGUCCUCCAGAGCAAGGUUCAUAGAAAGCAGGUUAGCGCUUGUCCACGGAUAAAUAUUUUUAUCGAGACAUUUUAUUGGAUAACAACCUUAUUUAACUCUGGGUUAGCGUUAACCUGCCCUCUAGGGACCCGGCCCAGGUCACCAGGUACCUGGUACUCGACUCUGUCAAAUUUUCGUCUUUGUUAAGACUUCCUCCAGGGCAGACUGAAGAACAUGGAAAAUAUGAAACGAUUUUUUAUUUUUUUUUACACAAAUAGAUAGGACUAGGUGCAAAAACAACAUGACGAAAAAUUGUGCAUGUUCUAUAUAAUAGCACGCUCUAUCUAUAAUAGCACAUCUUUAAAAUGGGUUUCUACUUACAAAAAAUAGUCGGAUAAAUAGGCCGAUAAGCCAAUUUACUCUGUCUUAGCCUUAGAAUUACACUUAUCUAUAAGUUGUACCAUAACUCUUCUAAGACCUUGUAUUGCCUAAAUGUUGAUAGAUAAGGCCAUUCUUAGUUAUAUCACUAACCGAUAAUCUAGAGUGCUUAUUUAACCUACUUUUGUAAUUAUUAUAACACUUCACGAACUAUUGAUAGUAGAUCCUAUUUAUAGAUUGUUAGAUGGAUUUUACUUUUGGAUUAGUUUCGUAUUUGUAGAUGUAUAGGUUUUCCUUUUCGUUUCUGUAAAUAUAUCAGAUUAAGUAAAUUUUAGGAUCAGGCUAGCAAGCUCGUCAGAGCUUUUCUCUGACGCCGUGCUUUAAGCGUUCACUAUGAUCUCACGUCCUAGGGUUUAUACCCUAGUUACGUGUAUACACGCCCUGGCUAUAAAUACUUGCUCUUAUGACUGACAUAUAAACAUACAGGGAAUUUGCCUCAGGAAAACGAGCAAUAAGAAGUUGGAAGCUUCAGAAUUGUUGACUGAAAAUGGGAAGUAUAAAGGUAUAUCUGUUAAAUUUCUUCGUUGCCUUUUUUGUAAAUGGGAUACAAUCGGCUUCCCUGAGCAACAGCAGUAGCGCCCGGCAACAGUACGUUGGUUUGGAGCUAUCACUGCAAAACCAUACAGUGAGCAACUCCACGACGAUUGCAAGCUUGCAACCGACAUUUGCCUUCACAUACAAAAAUGAGAAUCAGAACCAAACUCCUACAAAGCAACCGGGACACCAACAGCAGCAAAAAGAAGAGUACGCAAACAUCUCCCGUAUUGUUCAUCAAAAGGCAUUUAAAAUAACACUCAGACAAUACAGUGUCUUCCUUAAACCAUUCCUAGAUCUUGCUAAAGCUAUGAAUGGUAGUAUACUAAACUCAAUGCUACCAUUUUCGCCUUAUCCUACUCAAGCACGUAACGCUUCGAUGGGCCGGAGGGGGUAUACAACCCCGUGUAUACAAUCGAUCACAUUCAAAUGUAAUCCUCUUUGGAUACCAGGGUGCGUUCCAGAGCACAUCUGUAAGAGCAACAAGGGUUGCGCUCCCGGGUGGGUCUGCAAGGCCAUUAGAGCGAAUACAUCGAUACUCGUUUACAGAGGGAGACUACCAAACAACGAGUUGGUCUUUCAGAGACUGACCCUGCGACUAGUGCACGACUGUGUCUGCUCUCAAUAAUCCACAGGGAAACAGGGGCGGGUACAGGGGGCGGGUACAGGGAGGUAGCGGGUUGGAUUGGGUGAACACCCCCCACCAUCUCCUCCCUCUUUUUUCAUAUGAAGAAAACGUUGUCGUUUUGGGGGUCUGGUACAGAGGAAACUUAGUUUCUUUUCAGGGACCUUCUCAACUAAGU